UCCCUUCCCCUUCCCUUCCCCUUCCCCCCUCAGCUCCUCCCGGGGCCGCCAUGCGGGCGGCGGUGGCGGCGGCGGCCGCGGGGCUGCUGGGGGCGGCGGCGGCGGCGGCGGCGAAGCUGGCGCUGGGGGCGCGUACCCUGUGGGGCGCCGGAGGCUGGCUGCCUGUGCUGCUUCGCGUAGGCUGCAUUGGCUUGGUGUGCGCCUGCAAUGCAGUCAUGUGGACGGUCUUUGCAAAAGCCCUGCGACUCUCCUCCUCCUCGGCUACUGCCUCUGUGACAACAACAGCCUCCAACUUCAUCUCUUCGGCCAUCCUGGGCAAGCUUCUCUUUGGGGAGACGUGGACACCUGUGUGGUGGGUUGGCCUCGCCAUGACACUCUGCGGCCUCUUUCUGCUGCACACCGCUGCGCCCCGACCAGUGCCACUCCCAGCGGAGAAGAAGGAGACGUGAGGGUCUUUCCUCCUUCUCCAUUUUCAGCCUGGAUAACACCUCAGCUGUUGCCACUGCCAGGUCCUAAUCUGAUCCUCACCCCAUGCACUUUCUCCUAAUUCAGCGCUGGAGCCAGCCAGGCACCUACAGACUUGCUAACCCCCUUUGCAUGCUUCUCCAUCAAUUUGCAAAGUCAUGCACAUUGCAUCUGCCGUGUUCAGCCCGUGCAGCCGUUCCCAGGUGCCUGGUGGAGGUGUGGGAACAGCGACUAGCUGGGAGAGAGCUGAUCAGUUCUGAGUCAGUCGUCUGGAAACCGGAGCCAGAGGCUUAUCAGCCACCCCUCCUCUUCACACCCUGUGGUGAUGGAGCCUUCCCCAUUCAGGGACGGAAGGCAGAAAGUAAACAUGGUGCCUAUGGAAGGUGCCUGUGCAUUGGUACUUUUCCAUAAGAUGAACUACCCCAAAAUGGAAAAGCGAACAGAAUUUUGUGCUGAAUGCUGCAGACAUUUCUACUCUGCUGGUGCUGAUUUUCCUUGCUGCCUCUUGAAGAGGCCCCGUGCUUGCCCCAGGUUCCCAUUGCCUGGAAGAUGUUGGAGCAUUCCAUUAAUUCCUUCAGGUUCCCCUAUCACACACACCUCUUAACUUGCCAUUUACAUCUGAUGUCCGUAAUUCCCGCUCUCCCAUUCCUGACACGUUACUCAUUGUAAGGUUGCUUUUUCCUUUAACUUCUUGACCAGCACUGAUACUUUGAUUGCCACUCCUGGUUUCUAUAGGCCAAACUGUAAUUUUGGGAGAGUACAUGUGAACAGACAGCUGUUUUCAUUAAGAGUGUCCAUGUUUGACGCACCUCCCUCCCCAUUUAAGCUGACAGUGGAAGUGGAGUUUCUCAGGCAACAUUUUUUUACUCCUCUGGAUGAUACUGUUUUCCAUUUGUGUAAUGUAAUUAAAUAGUUCAUUGGUACCCCACUCGUGCUAAAUUUUGGGUGGAUGAUUGCUCUUCGUUGCCAGGAUGACAACGUAUGCCUGUCAAUACAUUUGAUGUGUCAAGAAUCAUCCUUUCUAAGGUGUUGGCUUCUUUCCCUUGCCCGCACAUGCUUGUCAUCCUUGGUAAUUUUUUAUUGCAAUCCUAAUAAAGAAUCAUAAUGAUGCCUAAAAAUGUA